AUGGUCAACUACAAGCAACUCAGCCUCGCUGGACUGGUCUGGCUCGGUCUGGCUAGCCAGGGACUGGCCUUAGGAAUUGACGAGGACACCAAUGAUUUCACUCUCCUGGAGAGAGCUGAUAUCGAGGAGCUCUACGAGAGAGACUUCGACGAUGAGUUGUACGCUCGAGAAUUUGACGACGAGCUGUACGAGCGUGACUUUGACGAUGAGCUGGACGAGCGCGACUUUGACGAUGAGCUGGACGAGCGCGACUUUGACGACGAGCUGUACGAGCGAGAUGUCGACUAUGACCUCUACGAGCGGUACUUUGAAGACGCUGAACUUGAGCCCCGUGGAAUGGGUGACAUGAUCUUUGGUAAAGAGAAGACCAUAAGCUACAACCCCGCAGACAAGUACCAGGCACAGAUUGACCGCGAGAAGGCCGCCAAGGCAGCUCGUGUGAAGUUUGCGCAGGAUCAACUCAAGAAGCCUACUCCGCCAGCUAAGAAGCCUGCAUGGAAGGGCAAGCGAGGGAUGGGUGAUAUGAUCUUUGGCAAGGAGAAGACCAUCAGCUACAACCCAGCAGACAAGUACCAGGCCCAGAUUGACCGUGAGAAGGCUGCCAAGGCAGCUCGUGUCAAGUUCGCCAAGGACCAGCUGAAGAAGCCCACUCCACCGGCUAAGAAGCCCGCAUGGAAGCCCUAG